GUGUAUGUUGGUACAAUGACGACCAUUGCGAAACUUCUACUGGCACUCUUUAUCCUUGAACUUUUUCAACCAUGCCAAACAUUACGGGGAGGAAACAACUUGGCCCCGUCAUACACCAGAGACGCACUGCUGGCCCUCCGUGCUGCGGGAAGCUUCCCACCCCCCAACCUGCCGGAGGACAUACGAUCUACGGCUCCGAGGAGAUGUCUCCGUAGAAGGGGAAGGAGGGGAGGAGUACGGCAGCGCCUCAGACGGAGAGGCAACAGGCCGCCUUUACCCUCCAUGAUACUCAGUAAUGUGAGGUCGCUACGGAGGAAAAUGGAAGAGCUGCGGAUCAUCGCUACAGCCUGUUUCGAGUACCGUCUCAUCCUUCUCUUCUACUUCGUCUUCUAUGCGUUUCUGGCGGGGAUGUUUUGUCUUACCAUGUGGGUGAUGUUACAAACUCUGGAUGAAAACAUCCCGACCUAUCAGGACCGAGUGCCCAGUCCAGGUUUGGUGAUUCGUCCGCAUGCAGCUGACAUCUCCUUCAACCGCAGUGACCCUACAAACUACAACCAGUACACCCAACACCUGCACAACUUCCUGCAGAAUUAUAACGACAGUGUUCAGGAGCGUAACGACCUGUGUCUGGUGGGCGAAUACACGGAUCAGGACGCCGAGCCGGUGAAAAAGGUUUGCCAGUUCAAACGCAGUCUGUUACGCCAGUGCUCAGGUCUGUCGGACAGCAGCUUUGGAUACGCCGAGGGGAAACCCUGCAUCAUCAUCAAGAUGAACCGGGUCAUCGGACUGAAACCCCAAGGAGACCCUUUCAUCAACUGUACCGCCAAGAGAAAUAGUCUGCUACAGAUUAGGUAUUUCCCAUCUGAAGGACGCCUGGACAAGAUGUUCUUCCCCUACUAUGGCAAGAACACUCACGCGGACUACGUGCAGCCUCUGGUCGCAGUGCAGCUGUUGCUAUCGAAAGAAGACCUGAACGUGGAGCAGACGGUUGAGUGUAGAGUGGAGGGUUCAAACCUGCGUAACAAUGAUGAGCGGGACAAGGCUCUAGGUCGGGUCACUUUCCGGGUCUUGGUGUCCGAGUAACCAAACCAGCCUGUUAUCCUGGAUCCACAAACUCAUUUAAACUGUGAAUGAAUCACUCUGUAAUCCAGACCUGAUCCAAUCCUGGACAUCUGAAUCUGCUUCAACCUGUAUGAGGUCACCUGAACCACUGACACCUGAUCCUGACCUUGUUUCACUUUUGAUCAUGGUCCUAAAUCUGGUUCAGGUUAAGACCUGAUCCUGGUUCAGUCCUGUUUUUGAAGGUUUUCAGUUGUUGGAGCAGAUCAGGUCUGUUGAAGCAUGUGAACCAGCUGCACAUUGAUGUGUUGUUUUUUAAAUGUAUUUAUAAAGUGAUGUAAUAAAUAGAAUGAGCCCAGCACAAACUAACCAACCGUAUUAUUGAAGACAGGAAAAUAACUAUUUCUAAACUUUGUAAAACAUUCAGCUGCUCAGUAAUAGGAUUACUGUUCUCCACACAUGGAAGCACAUGAACUGCCUUUACAAUAUUAAGAAACUGUAAAUGUGAUUACUCAGUUUCCAGAUGUUAGCUGAACAUCAGGCUCAGGGAGGAGGAGCAGCAGCCGGAUGACUGAGCGUACAGCAACACGUUACAGAGAGCGCUUCACUGUAGGCUGUUUUAACAGUUAUCACAUUACUGAUUGUCUGUAUGUUCACAUUGCACAUCAGCAUUGAACAGAAUAUUCCAGUUUAUGCAAACCACUACCGACAAAGAUUUUAGUGUUUUAGCACAAACUUUUCAUAGAUGGGUUAGAGAUGUAGAAAAUGAUAAAUGUUUAAUGUAGUUUCCUGUUUCAACGUGUCCCAGUGUAACACUGACUGUAGAAUAGAGAUGAAUUAUGAAGAUGAUCAAAUCAGGUAUUUGAGAGGGUGCUUAAUACGGGUGUUAACCAGAUGUAACUGAAAGUGCACCCUCUAGAGGUUUAACACUACACUGUGAGGGAACAUGUUGCUGGUGUUCUACCUGCUGGGACCCCCACCUGUGUUUGUAAACAUACUUUGUUACACAUGAGUUCUACCAAUAUGUCCAACCCACUGUUGUACAGUUUUUGAAAUGUGAAUUGAAGUGUGAUCCAAAUGACUACUGUUGUAUGAUUAUUAAACAAAAUGAGUCUUCAGUAAAUCAG